AUGGCCGGCAAUAGCUAUAGACAACAUGUUGUCGACGACAUCAGCAAGGUCUUGGCUAGAACAAGCACGCCUGGUGCCGUACUUUUUUCGGGCGAUCGACGAACAAUCAGCCUCACCAACAUCCCAGCAGCGACGGUAGCAGGCGCGUAUACAACACCGACCCCUGCAACUCUGCCCUUACGAUCGUACUCGCUCCCGCCCCAGCCUCCGCCUGUCCCUCACUAUCGUGUAUUCCCCUUUGCCACCGGCCGCCGCGAGUUUGAGGCAGAAGAGUCCAAGAUGGACGGCAAGCGGCAUCUCAACUCGUUCCAGCAGCUGGAGAAGCUGGGCGAGGGCACUUAUGCUACAGUCUUCAAAGGUAGAAAUAGGCAUACCGGCGAGCUCGUAGCACUCAAGGAGAUUCACCUGGACUCAGAAGAGGGUACCCCCUCGACGGCAAUCCGUGAGAUCUCGCUCAUGAAGGAGCUCAAACACGAAAACAUCGUCGCGCUGCACGACGUCAUCCACACGGAGAACAAGCUAAUGCUCGUGUUUGAGCACAUGGACUGCGACCUCAAAAAGUACAUGGACACGCACGGCGACCGCGGCGCGCUCAAGCCGAUGCUCAUCAAGUCGUUCAUGUAUCAGCUGCUCAAAGGUGUCGACUUCUGCCACCAGAACCGGGUGCUGCACCGCGACCUCAAGCCGCAGAACCUGUUGACCAACAGCAAGGGCCAGCUCAAGCUGGGCGACUUUGGCCUGGCCCGCGCCUUUGGCAUCCCUGUCAACACAUUUUCCAACGAGGUAGUCACGCUCUGGUACCGCGCCCCCGACGUCCUACUCGGCAGCCGUACCUACAACACCAGCAUCGACAUCUGGUCUGCUGGCUGCAUCAUGGCCGAAAUGUUCACCGGUCGUCCUCUCUUCCCGGGCACCACCAACGAGGAUCAGAUCGUGCGCAUCUUCCGCAUCAUGGGCACGCCCACCGAACACACCUGGCCCGGCAUCAGCCAGUUCCCCGAGUACAAGCCGACUUUCCAGCGUUACGCCCCACAGGACUUGCACCACAUCCUGCCCCAGAUCGACCCUUCUGGCAUCGAUUUGUUGCAACGUAUGCUGCAGCUGCGUCCCGAGCUCCGCACCAGUGCUCACGACGCCCUAAAGCAUGCCUGGUUCCACGACCUCCUUGUCCAGCAGCACCAUGCCCCCGCCGUUGCCGUGGGCACCCAACAGCAGCAGGCACAGUCCGUUGCCAAGCAGCAGCAGCAGCAGGCCGCUGCCUUGCAGAACCAGGCUGCCCGGGGUGGAUACCAGCAGCAACCGCACGCACCCAUCCAGACCUCGUACGAUGGCUACUAG